GCAGAGCAGCUAGAGGCGCCUCCCUGCUGCCGCGGCCCGUCACCGGGGGGGGGCGGGGCGGUCUCUGCUUGUGGCCGACCCAGGUUGGAAUCCCCGCGGGCCGAGCGUUCCAGGCCCGUUGUCCCCGCGUUCCAGCCCGGCCAGGCGUCGCGCGCCCCGCAGUAAUGGCGUCUUAUACCUGCAUUACUUGCCGUGUGGCUUUUAAGGAUGCUGACGUUCAGCGUGCCCACUACAAAACCGACUGGCAUAGAUAUAAUCUAAAACGGAAAGUUGCUGACAUGCCACCUGUCACUGCCGAGAAUUUCCAAGAGAGAGUCCUAGCUCAGAGAGCAGUGACAGAGGAACAGAACAAAGUCACUGCCACCUACUGCACAGUUUGCAGCAAGAGGUUCUCCACGUUCAAUGCCUAUGAGAAUCAUUUGAAGUCCAAGAAGCACCUAGAUCUUGAAAAACAAGCUGUCCAGGCUGUCAACAAGAAGGUAGAAACCUUAAAUGAGAAGAACCUGGAAAAGGGGCUGGCCCAGGAGAGCCUAAACCAUGAUGAAAUGAAUAUAGCUAUUCAGCAAGCCAUCAGGGCCCAGCCAUCCUUGUCUCCAAAGAAGAUACCAUUGCUCCCAACUGAUACAAGCAGCUCUCCACCUUCUGCUGAAGGUAAUUUGUCACAGAGCAGAGAGCAAUUGGAAAAACCUCCAAGGCUACAGUGGUUUGAACAGCAGGCACGGAAACUGGCAAAACAGGAUGCAGAGGAUGAGGAGGAUAUGGAAGAAGGCUGGGAGGAUGCAGAUUCUGAUGAAGUUGGAGAUUCUGAAGAUGAGCAGAUGGAAGGUGCAGUGGGUGAAGAUGAGAAACAGAUUGCUGCUGGUGCAGUACCACUCACAGACUGCUUGUUUUGUCCUCACCAUUCAAGCUCUCUCAUGAAAAAUGUGGCCCACAUGACAAAAGCCCACAGUUUCUUUAUUCCAGAUAUAGAAUACCUUGUGGAUCUCAGGGGACUGAUUAAGUACUUGGGAGAGAAAGUUGGUGUUGGGAAAAUCUGCCUGUGGUGCAAUGAGAAGGGGAAAUCCUUCUACUCAACAGAAGCAGUGCAGGGUCAUAUGAAUGAUAAAAGCCACUGCAAGCUCUUCACAGAUGGGGAUGCUGCCUUGGAAUUUGCAGACUUCUAUGAUUUUAGGAGCAGUUACCCUGAUCACGGGGAAGGAGAGGAUGUGGUGAUGUCUGGAGAGCUCCCAGCAGGGAAGAAUUUAGAAUAUGAUGACGAAAGUAUGGAAUUGAUCCUCCCUUCAGGUGCCAGGGUUGGUCACCGUUCUUUGAUGAGAUACUACAAGCAGCGGUUUGGUUUGUCAAGAGCAGUGGCUGUUGCUAAAAAUAAGGCGGCAGUGGGCAGGGUGUUGCAACAGUACAAAGCUCUGGGUUGGACAAGCAGUACAGGAGCAGCCCUAGCACGUGAACGUGACAUGCAGUAUCUACAGAGGAUGAAGUCUAAGUGGAUGCUGAAGACGGGAAUGAGUAACAAUGCUACAAAGCAGAUGCAUUUCCGGAUGCAAGUCAGAUUCUGAGCUGCCACAACUGCUCUACGGAGCUUGUUCCAAGAGAGGAGAAUUAAUAGCUUUUUCGGGGGUGGGGUGGGAAUGUCAUUAAAAUGGACCCUGGUACCUAGCCAAGGACUGUCUGGAUGCUACUAUUCCUCCUCUGCCCAAAUCUUGUUAAGAGAUCUUGUAUUCUAAUAACUGGCCUAUCACAUUUAAGUGUCCAAAUAAAGUAUGUGAUAUAGGUUAGUCACUGGUGUAGAUGAUGCACAUUCUACUAGUGUCCAUCUUUAUGCAGUAGGUUUUGGUUGAAUAGCUAACUUGGUGUUGUAAUUGAAUUUCAGAAAACUGGGGAGAGGGGUGGCUAAGAGAAGAUUCUGAUUAUAAACCUGAGGCGAGAAAGAGGCCUGCGCUUCAGCCCUUCUGGAUUAGGGCAGAUGAUUUUCUUUUGUAUGAAGUAGGAGAGAGCGCUUUACCAAAGUUAUACACUUUCUUUAUAUCAAACAAUCUUGUAAGAGGCACUUUAGACAGGAGUGUUAAAAUCCUUCAGUGGGUGACUUAAGGAGAGCUUUUCAAAAUGAGCACAUUGCCAGCACAUGAUGAGUGCCGGGUAUCUACUCAGUUGUGUUCAGUUUAUGUAGAAAUUUCCCUGCUAGUUGUUUGAAGUAACACUUGACCUAAAAGGAAAUGGUUAUUUUUUGUUCUGAAACCAUAGUUCCAGAGUUUCAGUUAAUAGUUUCUAUCCUGUCAGACUCACUGUGCCAGGAAACAGUUGGGUUUACUACAAAUAUUACAAGUUGUCUGUUUGGAUUUAACUUCAUUGUAAUGUUUUGAAUACUUUAUUCAAAUUAAAGUAUACGUUUAAAGUA